UUCCUACAAUAUAAACGCCCUUCUUAAAAACCAACAAAAUAACACAUCUGCUGUGCAGACGAAAUUUUCAUGAUACAUUGAACACAUUUCAGUAGCUUUUGCCGGUCGAUCGUGAACGCAUCUGCGUUUAAAACGAAAAAAACACCGUAGAAGAUCGACUUAAACCAAGCAAAUCGCAUCAAAAAGAGUCUUUUUUAACAUUUGAUAUCGCAACAUACAAAAUCAUGAACGGUUUAAAAUUACUUUGUGUGUUUUUAUUAUUCACAUUUAUUAAAGGAGAAUUGUAUACUGCUUUAGUUGACUUGGAGGAAUUAUUACACACAGAAAGUGUUUUAAUAAAUACUUUAGAACACUACAUUAAGGCACAAGAACAAAAAUUAUCUUUAUUAAAACAGUAUCAAAAAGUUUUUAAAUCACAACAUGAUAAAGCAUCAAAAGAUGUACAAUCCUACAUCGCAAAUCCGAUAAAUGCGUAUUUACUAGUAAAAAGGCUAACAACCGAUUGGAAACAAGCUGAAACUUUGAUAACAACAAACAUAGGAAACGAUUUCAUAGCAAAUUUAACAGCUUAUCGAGACUAUUUAAAAUUCCCAUCCGACGAAGAUUUAAACGGAGCCGCUGUUGCUUUAACACGUCUUCAAGACACCUACCAAUUAGACACUUCAUCAUUAGCGCGAGGAGAAUUAAACGGAGUUAAAUACAGUUCGGAACUUUCAGCGGCUGAUUGUUUCGAAUUGGGGCGCCAAUCGUAUAAUAACGGCGAUUUUUAUCAUACUCAAUUAUGGAUGCGAGAAGCAGAUUCCCGAUUAGGUCGGGAAUUAAACGAAACUGUUCAAAGAAGCGAUAUUCUUGAAUACUUAGCCUUUUCGACGUUUAAACAAGGAAACGUUAUGUUAGCUUUAGAUUUAACAAACAAAUUAUUAGAAAUUAUUCCAACACAUCAAAGAGCAUUAGGAAAUAAAGUUUACUACGAGGAAGCGAUUCAAAUGACUAAUGUAGAACAUAAAAAAGGUGAAACCGACGCGGAUACUCACCAAGAAUUCAUUGACGAGGGGAAAAUAUUGUACGAACAACUUUGUAGAGGUGAUUUAUCGACCCCAGAAGAAAUCGUAGCUGAAUUAAAAUGUCGUUAUAUCACUAAUAAUAAUCCUUAUUUGAAAAUUGGUCCUUUUAAAGUAGAGGAAGCUUACACGGACCCUAAAAUCGUUGUUUUUCAUGAUGUUAUGUACGAUAGUGAAAUCGAAACGAUCAAACGACUCGCCCAUCCACGAUUUCGAAGAGCUACAGUUCAAAAUUCGAUGACCGGCGAAUUAGAAACGGCCCAAUAUCGUAUCAGCAAGUCGGCUUGGCUCAAAGAAAUCGAACACGAUUAUGUAGCAAAAGUUGUCCAAAGAGUUGAAGCAAUGACCGGUUUAACACAAACAACCAGCGAAGAAUUGCAAGUUGUUAAUUAUGGAAUUGGGGGCCAUUAUGAACCACAUUUUGAUUUUGCGAGAGCUGACGAAAAGAACGCUUUUAAAAGUUUAGGAACUGGAAAUAGAAUAGCCACGGUUUUAUUUUAUAUGAGUGAUGUUGCUCAAGGUGGUGCAACAGUUUUCCCCUACAUUCAAACAGCUCUUUGGCCCCGAAAAGGUUCAGCUGCAUUUUGGUACAAUUUACAUUCCUCUGGAGAGGGUCAUAAGAAUACAAGACACGCGGCUUGCCCCGUUUUAGCUGGUUCAAAAUGGGUUUCAAAUAAAUGGAUUCACGAACGAGGUCAAGAAUUUCGAAGACCUUGCGGUUUUGAACGACCACCACCCGAAUUAACCGCCUAAACUAAUAAUCAAAUUAAAUUUAACUUUUCACUUUUUUCUUUGAGGUUAGAACAAUCUUGUUUCAUUCUUUUGAUAUAAAACUUUUACUUUGAUUCCUAUUAUGUAAAUAAUUAGCUAAUUUUUUAAUCCCCUUUUGUAUUAUCUAUUUUAUUAAUUAAUAAACGCUUUAUGUUAAAAAAAUAAAAACAAAUUGUAAUAAGAUCAGUGUGACUUACAUAAAUAGGUUCCAAUCUAUAUAAAAUAAAUAAAUAUCGAUUA